AAAAGACCAGCAGAUAUUUUGUUGGCAUGUCUAAAGAUAAAGGAGAGAACAGCAUUCCCAUUUCACUCUCUCCCUCUCUCUGUUCUCAUAAACACACCUCCUUCCUCAUAAGAAGUGAGAACAAUGUCUACUCUUCUUCUCCUCCUCCUCUUACCCAGCACCAUCUUCUGCUUCCCAUUGUCAACUGGUUCAUCUCAUGAAACCACCACAUAUGCAGUCCUUGCUUCCACUGUCUCGUCAUAGUCUCUAGCAGUGGUUAAUGACAUGGACCUUGGGGAGUUAGUGGGCAUGGAAGGGUUGGUGAGUGCGUCCUCUGAGGGUGGUGGUGGUCUCUUCUCUUCCUCACUAGCCUCCUUAGACACUGAAAUCAAAGGCCAAAAAGGCGUCUUUAACAAUGGCUUCUUCAAGCAAGGGAGGCCUGGUGGUCCAGAUGAGCAUGAUUGGAGGUGCCUCAAGAUAGCCAGGACUAACGAUGUAGCAAUGCUGACAGCUGCAGCACCUCCAUCUCUUCUAAGGUCCAACUCCCACUCCUUCUCCCUGUCCUCUGAUGGGGAGCAAAUGCUCAGCUUCUCAUCACCAAAGCCAGAUGCUUUGCUUCUUAGCAGUGAUGGGCCUUUGCCCUUUUACCACCAUCCAUUUCCUUCUGUUUCCUCUUCACCAGCUUACCUCAGGAAUGCAGGGCUUAGGGGUCCCUUCACCCCAUCUCAGUGGAUGGAGCUGGAACACCAGGCCUUGAUCUACAAGUACAUCGAUGCAAAUGCCCCCAUACCAUCCAAUCUCCUCCUCCCUAUCAGAAGAAGCCUCUGCCAUUCUGGGUUUCCUGCCUUCUCAUCUGAAUCUUAUAGAUCCAACCCUUUGGGGUGGGGAUCUUUGUAUCUGGGUUUCUCUGGAAAUACUGAUCCAGAGCCUGGAAGGUGCCGUCGAACCGACGGGAAGAAAUGGCGUUGCUCGAGGGAUGCAGUUGCUGAUGGAAAGUACUGUGAGCGACACAUGAAUCGGGGCCGCCAUCGUUCAAGAAAGCAUGUGGAAGGCCAGAAUGGCCAUGCCGCUAAAGCGAUGCCUGUCAUCGCCCAUUCACCAUUAUCAGCUUCUGCUGUUCCUUGCGGCGGAUCAUCUAACAGCCUCACCAUUGCAAAGCAGUGCACUGAAAACUCACGGCUUGCUAAUCCUUCUGCCUCGCAGCUCGGCAGCAGGAUGCUAACAAGCAAAGAGAAUGUUAAUGGAGGUGCACUGGAUUCACAAGGCUUCUCCAUGCUAACUUCUGCAAAUCCAAAACCUGUAAACACCUUGUUUUCUGUUCCUAAACAUCAAAAUCCUUUUGAAGGAUCCUCUUCUCGAGCAGACUUUGAACUCAUAUCCAACUUUGCUUCAUCCCCGGAAUUCAAUGAUCAGCAGUCCCAGACUCACUCCCUUCGCCAUUUCUUUGAUGAUUGGCCGAAGAACCGGUCUGACCGCUCAACAAUCACCUGGCCUGAGGUCGAAGAAAUGCAAUCAGAUAGGACUCAACUCUCCAUUUCAAUCCCUAUGGUUUCUUCGGACUUCUCAUCCUCGACUUCAUCUCCCAACCAAGAAAAGCUUACACUGUCACCACUCAAGUUAGCUCGUGAGUUUGAUCCUGUUCCUAUGGGUUUGAGUGUUGGGGUUUUGAAUGAGGCUAACCAAAGACAAGCUAAUUGGAUACCAAUCUCUUGGGAGUCUUCCAUUGGUGGGCCUUUAGGUGAAGUCCUGAGCAACACCAAUAACAAUGCUGCAAAAGACUCCGGUGAGAACUGCUUAUCAUCGUCUUUAAACCUUUUAACCGAUGGCUGGGAUUCAAGCCCUCGGAUAGGUUCAUCUCCAACUGGUGUCCUACAGAAGACAGGCUUUGGGUCUUUGUCUAGUAGCACUGGAAGUAGUCCCAGGGCUGAAAGUCACAAAGCUCAGGACAAUGCUCACAGCCUGUGUGAUGACCUUCUUUGCUCAACCCUCGUGAAUGUCUCCACCAUUCCUUCUCUGUAAGCUUACAAGUUGCAGAGAGACAAAUGACUAGAAACAGAACCAUGAAAGCAUCGAUUAUGAAGACGUGGAGCUUUUAUUUAGUUUGAGUUUGUAGAACUGUUUUCAUUCUCUGGUUCUUACUUUGUAAUUUUUCCCCCUUGAUCUUAUGUACUAUUUUUAUAAGCCAUGCCUGAACAGCAAAUGGCAAGAAAUAUGGCUUGCUUUUGAAAUGAAACUAUUAAGUGAUGAGUUGGUUUGAUGUA